AUUAAUAAUGUUUAUUUUGUACAGAUCACAGGUCAGUGCUCAGAGUGUCUUUCUGUUCCUUAUAAGGAGCUGUUCCUCCAACAUGGCCGACCUCUGGCAGAACGCCAUGGACCACGCAGUAGCUGCCGCACGAAGGGCCGGACAGGUGGUGCGUGAGGCUCUGCAGGAUGACAGGAAGGUGAUGACGAAGAGUUCAUCCGUUGAUCUGGUGACACAGACCGAUCAGAAGGUGGAGCAGCUCAUCAUCCAAUCAGUGAGGGAGAAAUUCCCCAAACACAGGUUCAUAGGGGAGGAGUCUGUGGCUGCUGGUGAACCUUGUGUCCUGACUGACGGACCCACCUGGAUCAUUGACCCCAUUGACGGGACCACCAACUUUGUUCACGCAUUUCCUUUUGUUGCUGUUUCCAUCGGAUUCUCUGUCAACAAGCAGAUGGAGUUUGGUGUGGUCUACAGUUGUCUAGAAGAUAAGAUGUACACAGCGAAGAGAGGGAAGGGAGCGUUCUGUAAUGGAGAACCACUGCAGGUUUCCAACCAGGAAGAUAUUAAACAGUCAAUCAUCGCCACAGAGUUCGGAUCCAGCAGAGACCCUGAAGCUGUCGACAAAAUCUUUUCCAGCCUGAGGAACAUCCUGUGCAUCCCUGUUCACGGUGUGCGUGGUGCAGGAACGGCAGCAAUCAAUAUGUGUCUGGUGGCGUCCGGUUGCGUCGAGGCAUAUUAUGAGAUUGGGAUCCACGUUUGGGACGUGGCGGCCGGCUCGCUGAUUGUCUCUGAGGCCGGAGGAGUCCUGAUGGACGUGGAGGGAGGAGAGGUGGACCUGAUGUCCAGGAGAGUCGUCGCUGCCAACAGCAGAACCAUCGGCGAGAGGAUUGUCAAACAGAUCGACUCCUUCAGUCCGCCCAGAGACGACGCUUCAUCACUGCACAAACACUGAAUACACACCUGAAGGCCACAGGUGUUACACCGUGAGACAUGAGUUAGAACGGUCACAGUUUGUUGAUGAACACAGACUAUACAGACUGAUUGAGAAGGAUGAAGUUAACGGGGACAAGGUACCAAAGGAUGAGCACCAACUGAAAGUUAAUGCGCGUUAAUACAUUUAUACAGUCUGAUGUGUAAAAUAGAAUCCACAUUAAAAGUUUUAAAAGUC